UUUGUUUCAAAAAAUAUGAAUAAUCGUGGUAAGGACAAACAACAAAAUACUCAAGACCAAACAAAUGCGACUAAAGAAAAUAAUCAAAAGUCCAAUCAACAUUCACGGAGACAGAAUAAUCAGAGCAAUCAAAACAACCAACAAGCCGGACAAACCUCUCGUGGAAACCAACAACAAUUUCAUAGAAGAGAUUUUCGACAACAAAAAUGGCAGCAAAAUCGAGAUAGAGCUAAGCAAUUUAAGACUGCUAAAACUAAGGAACGUACAGAUCAUGCAGGGAUUCCCAUGAUUGGUGAAAUUAGCGACUGUUUAAUUUGUUGUCAACGUUCCGAUCUUUUUGGACUGGGGGAGUGCAUGCAUCCGAUUUGUAUGGAAUGCUCACUUCGUAUCCGCGUGAUUGGGGAAACAAAACAAUGCCCACAGUGUCGGACUGAUAUCCCUAUUCUUUAUUAUGUAUCCGCUCCUCCUGGGCAAAAACUUCUUUUAAAGCUGCCUUCCAAUUGUAUUGACCAUGCCGAAUAUGAAGCUAAAUAUUCUGUCCGUUUUGAUUCAAAAUAUGCCCUGGAAUGUUUUGAUUCUUAUAUGGCAAAUCGUUGCAAUGAAUGCAUUAAAAGUGGACAACGUGUGGAGUUUGGAACUUUUGCCGAACUUAGGUCGCAUAUGAGUCAAGAUCAUCAUCUUUCUUUCUGCCGAAUUUGCUGUGAUAAUUUAAACGUCCUCAUAAAAGACCGUCAUGUAUAUACUCGUGAAACACUUCAAUUACAUAUGAAUGGAAAGCUCAAAUCUGAACAAGAUGGAUUUAGAGGUCACCCAACGUGCAAUUUUUGUGAAGAACGUUUUUAUGAUGAUGAACAGCAAUAUCGGCAUUUACGUAAAGAACACUAUUUUUGUCAGUUUUGUCAUCAAGAAGGGCUUGAAAACAAUGUGUUUUAUAGGAAUCAACACCAACUUAAUCAACAUAAUCGUCGAUUUCAUCAUCCUUGUCUAGACCAAGAAUGUUUACAAAUGGGAAUUGUUUUUGUUUCUGACGUUGAAUUGAAUGUUCAUAAGGCCAAACAGCACCAUCGACUUACACAAAAUGGGAGUGGAUCUAGUCGUGGAGGCACUAUCCCAUUAGAAUUUCAUUUUGUCCAUAGUCGUGGAGGUGGAAGUUCUUCACGUCAAAUGCAAAAUGAAGAUAAUUUGCCUGUUGAACAACAAGUUCAGCAGAAACCGAGCAGUCAAACUGUUCGUAUUGUUCCUAGCGCUCAAAGUCAACAACAAAAUGUAAAAAUUGUUAAAUCGUCUUAUACGAAUCCACUUCAGUCGACGGAUAAUUUUCCAAGUUUGACUACUUCUGAUCAACAAAAUGCGUCUUUUGUUCCAUAUGGUGCUCCUCCGGGAUUUGAACAAAUUUUAGCAACGAAUAAUUUUAAUGUUAAAAAUAAGGCCUCUGGACAACAAAAUGGACUAUUAACAACCAGCCAAUUGCCUUUAACUUCUGCUGAGCAAUUUCCUUCGUUGGGUGGUACAAGUGGAAGUGGCAAUAACAACACAGGCAGCAAAACUAAUAAAGAUGCUCUUUAUGCAACUGUUUGGGGACAAAAAUCGAAUAAAGAUUUGUUCAAUCCGAAGAAAGAUUAUAAAUUAAAUAUAAAGAAGGAAGACGAACCUAAACGCCAAGCUUUUGUGCCUGCACCAGAUUGUUGGCCAGAACAUAUGUUAAAGAAAUUGAAGGCGCGUGAAUUGGGACUUCCCGAUCCGGAACCGAUUGAACCGCCUAGUUGGUUAAAUCCGCCGAAGAAGGAGAAAAAGAGAAAAGUUUGUGUUUUGUUAUUACAGUCGGAUCUCAUUAUGAGAUAUUCUUGCAAAUAG